UUUCAACUGAGCUUAGUGCUUUAAAACUCUCUCCUCACGGUCCUCAUUUCCCUGCGUUGCACUUCUCCCCCUCUUUCUCUUCUUCGAUUCUUCUUUCCAGCCCCGCCAUUUUCACCGACGAACCAGCGAGUCGUAAUGGAUCCAGUCUCGGAAUGGGGAAAUACGUCGCUCUCCGAAAUGGACCCGGAGAUCCACGAUCUCAUCGAGAAGGAGAAGCGCCGCCAGUGCCGGGGUAUCGAGCUGAUCGCCUCCGAGAACUUUACCUCCUUCGCCGUCAUAGAGGCCCUCGGCAGCGCCCUCACUAACAAAUACUCUGAGGGAAUGCCCGGGAACCGCUACUACGGUGGAAACGAGUACAUCGACCAAAUCGAGAACCUGACCCGCAGCCGCGCUCUCCAGGUGUACCGCCUCGACCCCGCCAAGUGGGGCGUCAACGUGCAGCCUUACUCCGGCAGUCCUGCCAACUUUGCCGCUUACACGGCUGUCCUCAAUCCCCAUGAUCGGAUCAUGGGGUUGGAUUUGCCAUCUGGUGGCCAUUUGACCCAUGGCUAUUACACCGCUGGGGGGAAGAAGAUCUCGGCCACCUCGAUUUACUUCGAGAGCUUGCCGUACAAGGUUAGUUCAAGCACAGGUUAUAUCGAUUACGAUAAAUUGGAGGAGAAGGCUUUGGAUUUCAGGCCAAAGUUGAUCAUUUGCGGUGGCAGUGCUUACCCAAGAGAUUGGGACUACAAGAGAUUCAGAGAGGUAGCUGACAAAUGUGGCGCUCUUUUGCUCUGCGAUAUGGCUCACAUUAGUGGCCUUGUUGCUGCUCAGGAAGCUGCUGAUCCUUUUGAGUACUGUGACCUGGUUACUACCACAACCCAUAAGAGCUUGAGAGGUCCAAGGGCAGGCAUGAUCUUUUAUCGAAAGGGACCCAAGCCACCAAAGAAGGGACAACCAGAGGAUGCAGUGUAUGACUUUGAAGACAAGAUAAACUUUGCUGUUUUCCCUUCAUUGCAAGGCGGUCCCCACAACCACCAAAUCGGUGCUUUGGCUGUUGCCCUCAAACAGGCAAUGACCCCUGGCUUUAAGGCUUAUGCUAAACAAGUCAGAGCUAAUGCGGUCGCGAUUGGAAACUAUUUGAUGAGCAAAGGAUACAAGCUAGUCACUGCUGGAACUGAGAACCACCUUGUUCUAUGGGACCUUCGCCCUCUCGGUUUGACCGGUAACAAGGUUGAAAAACUGUGUGACUUGUGCAACAUUACUGUUAACAAGAAUGCUGUUUUUGGAGACAGUAGUGCUCUUGCCCCUGGAGGAGUUCGUGUUGGUAAGAUUAAGACUUCAUCCGGAUAGAGUGAACUAUUUAAACUUGCGGUUUUAAAGUUAUCUGAGAUUCUGAGGUUUGUAAAAACUGGUUGAACAUAAGUGAUUCCAGUAAACAAAAGUAUUAUUUGGAUAGUUGCUAGGUCAAUCUAGGUGUGCAUAAAGUGUUGUUUGGAUCGAGGUGAACCUAUACAUAAAAAAUUACCCUUGAGGAGAACUUAACUUGAGAAAAUCUCCAAUUUGGAGGUUAUUGAAGGUGACCUUGGUUUGCAAACCUAGGUAACUAGGUUGUUUACAUAAAAGAAUAAACAAACUGAGAUGAAUUAAUGAUUAAAGCUGGAAGCAUUAGGUUCACCUCAAAACAGCAGGUAUCACCAUGUAGUAGGACAACUCAGGCCAAUCAAAUUGUUGCUUAAUCAAGGCAUAGAUUGGCAUUGUUGUGGCUUUUUUAAGCACCCAACUUUUUUACUGUAAAAACCUUGUUUGGUAAAGGUAGUGUUGUGGCUUGGAACAGCUUUUUGAAUCUUUGGGAGCGAUUAGUAUCAUAAAUAACUAAAGUAACUUUUUUACAUAAUCACAACACAACUGGCCCUGAAUCAAAACACCAUAUUCUUUCUUGCACCCUUUUUUAUGAAUAAAUAUAUGUAGUGAAUGAGGAUAUUUGUGGGCAGGUACCCCUGCCAUGACAUCGAGGGGCUUGGUCGAGAAGGACUUUGAGCAGAUUGGUGAAUUCCUACACAGGGCUGUGACCAUCACACUGAAUGUCCAAAAAGAGCACGGGAAACUCUUGAAGGACUUCAACAAGGGCCUGGUUAACAACAAUGAAAUUGAGCAGCUCAAGGCUGAUGUUGAGAAGUUUUCAUCCUCGUUCGACAUGCCUGGCUUCAAAAUGUCUGAUAUGAAGUACAAGGACUAAGCGAAACCUUCCUUUUUCGCUCACCACAAUUUUCUAUGCAUUCUUCAUUAAGAAUUCCCAUUUCUUUUGCCUUACAGUUCAAUGCGUGAAAAAAAUAAUGGUCCGUUUUUGUAUCGUUUUCAAUUGGUGAUUUAGAUUAGUUUUUUUUAUAUGUGCGCUGAGCUGUAGCUGCUCAAAAGUUUACAAAACCUAAAGUGAGUUCCAUCUCAUGGUUUUGUAAAUUUCACUCAUAUCAUUAUGUUUUACUAAGCUCUUUCACAAUAUCAAAUGUGUUAUAAGUAAUGUCGGUUCCUUUUUAUAAACAAUGUCGGUUACCUACAUUUAGGGUUGGACCGGGCUUGGGUCGGGACGGGAUGUGGUCGUUACUGGGUUUUUGGGUUGCAGGCCUGGGCCCGGGUCCUACCCCCAUCCACCAAACCACCCAGCCCAACCCACCUAGCAGAAGACCAAAGCCAAAAAACAAAAACAAAAACAAAACCCGACCCGUUCCCCCUUUCGUUAUCUCGUAGCCCGCCCCCUACCCCGGGUCGGGCCUGCACAAUAGGGUUGACUCGGGCCGGGUCGGCUCCGGGCCGGGCCUAGGCUCGGGUGGGCCGCCGGUUCUGAAUAGUUGGGCUCGGGACCGGCCCGGGUAGCUACCGACUCUGGGCCGGGCCGGGCUCGGGUUUGGUUAUUUUUUUUGCUUUCCUAAGUAUCCCUAACCCCCCUCACCCCCCACCCCCUAACCCCCCCCCCCCCAAACCCCUCCUAAAAAUCAAGCCCAACCCGGGUGGAACCCAAAAAAAUGAAAAAAAAAAUUCAAUUUGGCCCGAACCGGGCCCGGCCCCGGCCGGGCCAGGUCUCAUUUUGAAGGAACCGUGCCUGGAACUGUCUUCCCC